AUGGACGUUUCCGGCAUGAUGACCAAAGGCGGUCUGGACGGUGCCGAGGAUACGAAGAGAUCGGUGCACUCGUAUGCUACACGCAAUGGAGGCUCUGCGCACGACUAUCAGUACCAUGCGAAUGAGCAGCGCUCCCAGAGAGUCGGCAAUGGCCGUUCGCCGGCGAAGAAAGACCAUAAGCACGUUGUCUUUGUGCUCAUCGACUCACAAAAUCCGCAAAUCCAAGCACGACUACCCAUGCGUGUCAUGAUAUCGAAGAAUGACACUACGGAGUCGAUCAUUUCGACAGUCAAGAACUUCUACGGGCUGUACGACUACGGCGUCAGCUUCGAGGAUAAAGAGGGCAAUGCCAUCAUCGCCGCGCACCACAAUUUCGACAACGAUAUGACCGUCUAUGUCAGAACCACAGUUCCUCAGCCGGCGCCAGUGGUGAACGACACUGCGAGAGAUUCCGCCUCGCCAAAGAAGCCAUCGCUGGGCGCACCCUUCGAGGCACGCGCGCCGACAUUGAAUGUCAACCACUCGCCGUCGCGAUCCGCCGCUCGGUCUCUUGGAGUUCGUAGUGCAUCUCCACAGUCUGACAUUGGCCACCGAAGUGCCUCUGCUGCACCCGGCAGCAAGCCACGACCACCGAGGACGAAGAGCAAGGACAACGGUGUGGUAGACGGCGAGGGCUACAGCAGCGGCGCUGACGAAAAUGCCUCCGUUACGAGCUCCAGGCGGUCCAAAGCCGAAGAGAUCAAGGCCGACAUCACCGUGGACAACAUCGUUGAGGGUGGUCGUCGCAAGAGGGCAUUCGAGAGUUCGGUAAGGAUCUUGCAAGAUGUCCCUACCUUCUAAGCUCGUCCACUGACCCAUCGUUGUAGGAACUGCCACUCUUCGUGCCGCCUCAAGUUCCAAUGACUGCGUCAAUCUCAUCCAUCUCUCCGCAGCGCCGAGCUGGUCCUCCCAAUGUCGCCUCGCCCUAUGGCUUCUCCAACCAACAGACGUUCUCGUACACUCAACCACUGCCGUCGCCCCAGAGCUUCGCGAACGGCAGCAACUACGUACAGCAGCCGGCGUUCCCAGCCAACCCGUAUCAAAAUGGAUACCAGCAUCCAAACAGACAAUUGCGCGGAGGACGUUCGAGCGGUGCCAGCCAUACAUCAAACCGUGCUUCCAACGGUGGAGUUCUCCCAACGCCAGAUCCAACCAUUGGCAGCGUCAUUUCCGACGAAGACGUUGCGCUGCAGCUCAUGCGGCUUGGUGAUCCUGCCGCCUUCUCACAUGGACGUACGUCCACGUCCACCGUUGACGAUGCCCUAAGUGGCAAAGCGGAGGCAGCCUCGUCUGAUGAAGAAGACGGUGAUGACGAUGACGACGACAACAUCCGUCUCUCUGAGCUGCCCCGCUACUCGAAAGAGGAUCCUGGUCCUCAGCGGAAGAAGCAGCGUCUGCACAAUGAGUCGCCCAGUGAAGGUACCAGUGGAGAAGAGUAUGAAGAUAACCGUGACGGCACAUUCUACAGCGAGGAUAUGAUUGGCGAGGACGGACAGCGAAAGAAUGUCAAGCCAAAGGUCAAGGCCCGCAGCAGCACUGGACCUACCGGUAUCAAGUCGGGCAAGCCGCGUGCAUUGUCCAUGUCCAAGGUGAAGAAGACGUCCAUGGGCAGCUCUAAGAUGCCAAUGUCGCCGGCGUCUCUUCCAUCACAGUCCCGCAAAGCCUCGAUCUCCUCUGCCAUCAACUUUCAACACCAGCUAGGUGCCGACGAAGAGGACCUCUCCUCUAAGCCUCGGUGCCAGCGAUGCCGCAAGAGUAAGAAGGGCUGCGAUCGCCAGCGCCCAUGCGGUCGCUGCAAGGACGCUGGUAUCGGUGUCGAGGGCUGCAUCAGCGAGGACGAGGGCAAUGGCCGCAAGGGCAGAUACGGUCGUCACAUGGGAGUCACCAUCAAGAAAGCCGAGGAGAGCACGGAUGAGUCGCCACCGCCACAGCACUCCUCGACCGCUUCCACUGGCCUCUUCCUGGCUCCUGCAUUACCAGACAAGAUCAAGAAGCGCAAGCGUUGA